GAAAAGCAAAGGAAAAAAACAGUGCAAGAAUGAAUUAGAAGGUGGGCUGCAUACUCGAGAAGUUAGAGAAAUUCUUUAUUUCAAUAGUGAUUGCGGUGCGUGUGCUAGGACAUAAAUACGUAAAUAAUUAUAAUUACUGCCCGAGCUUAUUUAAUAAAAAAGUUGAAGUAAUUUUGACUCAUCUGUCUCGCGAUCGCGUUAUUUAUUUCCUUCAAAGCUUUGGGAGUUCUCGGGUACCUACUGCACUUUAGACAUAGCAUCUCGAAGAAAGUCAGAGCCGCAGUGUAUGUCAUAGCUAACUAGAAGCAAAUAAAAUAUUAAUUUUCAGUGGAAACAUUGUGCUUUUAUCAAAAAUUAGAGUCGAUUCAAGGUUGAAUGCAGUCGAUGUGAACACAGUUGCUUAGGAUCCAGUGUAUAAAAAUAUAUCGUAAUGGCGACAACAGCAGCGGCGACUUCUGCAACAGCGCAGGCUACAAGUGUUGUUGUACUCGAUCGGGGAAACAAUACAACUUGUACUAUAAAUCUACAUGGUGCUACUGUCGUUUCUUGGAGAGUGAACAACCAGGAACAGUUAUUUGUGAGUAAACUUGCUUCAUUUGAUGGGAAAAAAGCUAUUCGUGGUGGUAUACCUUUCGUAUUUCCGCAAUUUGGACCUUGGUCAUUUGGGCCUCAACACGGAUUUGCACGCAUUACGAGAUGGAAUUUGGAAAGACCACCAGAACGUUUACACAAUGGUGAUGUUGAAGCUAUUUUUUCUUUAAUGGACAAUGAAUUCACUCGCUCUAUGUGGAAUUAUCAAUUUCGAAUCACGUAUCGAUUGAUUUUGCGGGAAAAGGAAUUGCAUUUUCACAUUGGUGUAUAUAAUCCGAGCAAGGAUUUGUCCUUCACAUUUAAUAUGCUUUUACACACAUACUUAAAAGUUCCUGAUGUACGCCGCUGCCAAAUAACGGGCUUACAUGGUUGUACGUUUAUUGAUAAGACUCGCGAAGGUGCUAUUUAUCAGGAGGGACGUGAAAUUGUGACAAUUGGUGAGUGGACUGAUCGAAUUUACCAGCACACACCCCAAGAGCAUGUUAUCACGAACGUUGUAUCCGGCAGGAAGAUGCGACUGCACAAGUAUAAUUUUCCUGACACAGUCAUUUGGAACCCAUGGAUUGAUCAAGCGCGAGAAAUUAGCGAUUUCGGCGAUGAUGAAUUUCCUAAUAUGCUAUGCGUUGAAUCUGGACAUGUUUCUUCUCCGGUUAUACUACUUCCUGGUACAGCGUUUGAAGCCAGUCAAAUACUGCAGCAGUUCAAAUGCCCGAAAGUAUCUCAAGAGGAUAAUGAAUUAAGAAACAAAAACUGAAUUAUCAAGAACGGCAAGAAGUGGCAAGUGUGACACGUUGAAGCAUUAUCAUCGAGGGAAAUGUCAAUAGAAAAACUAAACGGAAUCGCUAACGUUUAAAGAAUCGGAACCCACAGAGGUAAACCGAUUCAUAGGAGCCACAUUCAAGAGUGAUUUAUAAAAUAAUACAUACCAUUAUUAGAUGUUUAUAUUGAAGUUGUAAAUCAAGCAAACGCAGAUAAGAAGAAAAAAUGUCAAUUUAUUCAAUAUUAUAGAAAACCAUUCCAUUCAAUUAAAAUAAAUACAUAUGUACGUACGUGAAAAUUAAGUAGGUCGUCGAAAUCAAAAUUAUAUUUAUAACCUCCCGAUUUUAAUCUUUAUAACUAGGCGUUAAUUAAAAUUUAUACGUAAAUCUUCGUUUUUUUUAAAUAAAUUUUUCCCCUAUAUUGUU